UCUCGACAGGUAUCACAUAAUUCUCUCAUAAUCAGCCAUAUACAUUAAUCUAUCAGCAACCGGCAUACACAGCACGAUGUCAGAUCCACAAAAGAUUGCCAUUGAACCAAUGGCCCAGCAGCUCCUUGUCCAGAAACCUGGGGAGGACUGGACUGGGGUUACUAGUACUGCACAACGACGAAAGCUGCAGAAUCGACUGAACAAGAGGUCGCAAUAUCUCAGAAAGCGUCAACAACAGGAACAAAACCGGCUUGCUUCCAACAUCGUCGGCCAAGCUGGCCUACCCGCCGAGUCUAUUCCUCCAAUAGCCCUCACUCUGCAAGGUCCGCCAAUAGCCCUCACUCUGCAAGGUCCGCCCAAUGCCAUGUUCGAAGUCAUUCGUCAAACAUGCGAAGUUUACGAGAGACCAGAUCAGAGCGAAAGGGUGUUUGCAAUUGCAUGCAAAACGUACAUGGACUAUACAAUGAACGCACCUCGAGUAUCACAGCUUCCACUACUAAUUAGUCUCAAUGUCACAAUAGCGGUAGCUAACAAUGCUACACUAUUGGGAUUUGAUCGUGGGCUUAUGUGCAUUGAGGAAGCUAUAUCACCUUUUAAUAUCAAUGGUCCUGUUGGUGCAGAUUAUAAUCCUCCUAGGGCACUUCAGCCUACAGAGGUGCAGAAGACGGUGCUGCAUCACCCCUGGCUCGACAUAUUUCCUUUUCCUAAGUUCAGAGAUAACGUCAUUCUGGCGGCGGAUGCUGAGUUACUGGAUGAUGGGGAGCUAUGUGAGGAUAUAUCAGAGAUUAACUGGGAGAAUGUUGAGAAGCCAAGCCUGAUUGUAUGGGGAGAUUCGUCUGUACCAAACUCAUGGGAAGCGUCGCCUUGGUUUCUGAGGAAAUGGGGCUGGUUGCUCCAGGGUUGUACUGAGCUUAUAGAGACGACGAAUAGAUGGCGGCAGAGUCGAGGGGAGAAGUUACUGAAAUGGAAUAAUCAUUAGUAUGAAG